AUGUUCCAGUCCUUCGAAGAUCUCAGUGAUCCCUCCUGCGGAGCGCCGCAUGCAGCGCUUCUCAGGGCCGAACUCGCCCGCCUCGGCCUCGACGGCUUUCUGAUCCCGCGCGCGGAUGCCCAUCAGGGCGAAUAUGUGCCGCCGCAUGACUGCCGCCUGCAAUGGCUGACGGGAUUUACCGGCUCGGCCGGUGUUGCAGCGGUUCUGGGCGGCAAGGCUGCCAUCUUUGUGGAUGGGCGCUACACGAUCCAGGUGCGCGAGCAGGUGGAUAUGGAGGUGUUUCCCGCGCAGCAUCUGAUCAACGCGCCUGUGAGUGAAUGGCUGGCGACGCAUUUGCAACCGGGACAAAAGCUCGGCAUUGACGCCAUGCUGCAUACCGUGCGUGAGGUUCGGCGUCUGCGAGAAGUCUGCCAGGAAGCGGGCGCAGAACUGGUUACGCUCGAUGACAAUCCGCUCGACAGUGUCUGGGAAGACCGCCCCGAACCGCCUCUUGGACAGGUCUCGCUGUAUCCGGUCGCGCUGGCGGGAAAGUCCUCUCAGGAAAAAAUCUCUGCGCUUCAGUCUGCCCUCAGCGACAAGAAAGCCGAUGCCUGUGUUCUGACGCAACCGGAUUCCAUUGCGUGGCUGCUCAACAUUCGCGGGUCGGACGUCACGCACACGCCUCUGCCCCUGUCAUUUGCAACCGUCCCAUCCAGCGGAAAACCGUCCCUUUUUAUCGACGGCCGCAAACUUUCCAAUUCGGUACGGGACACCUUGAGCGAACUGACGGACCUUGAAGAACCGGGUGACUUCAAGACCGGACUUGCGUCGCUCGGAAAGGCCGGUUCGAAGGUCAUGAUCGAUCCGGCGCUUGCCGGUAUCGGGAUUGCGGACGCGAUAACGGAUACAGGCGGCACUCUGAUCGAGGCGCAAGAUCCUGUUCUGUUGCCGAAGGCGGUCAAGAACGAGACGGAACUCAACGGCGCGCGCGCAGCGCAUCUUCGCGAUGCAGCGGCAUUUGUGAAUUUCCUGUGCUGGUUCGAUGAAGAGGCCCCAAAAGGCGGCCUGGACGAGAUCGGCGUGGCAGAGAAGCUGGAAGAAUUCCGGCGGGCAACCGGUGUUUUGAAAGACAUUUCCUUCGACACGAUCUCAGGUGCCGGACCGAACGGAGCCAUUUGCCACUAUCGAGUCAGCCGGACAAGCAAUCUCCGGAUUCCUCAGGGAAAGCCGUUCCUGAUCGAUUCAGGCGGACAAUACGAAGACGGCACGACCGACAUCACCAGAACGCUGGCAGUUGGUGAUGUGAGUGCGGAGAUGAAGAAAAAUUUCACGCUUGUUCUCAAGGGGCACAUUGCGAUCUCGACAGCGCGUUUUCCUCAGGGCACGACAGGUGCGCAACUGGACACGCUUGCCCGGAUCGAUCUGUGGAAGGCGGGACGGGAUUUCGACCACGGAACCGGCCACGGCGUGGGUGCCUAUCUGGGUGUCCAUGAAGGACCUCAACGGAUUGCCAAAACCGGGACGGUGCCCCUAAAGCCGGGCAUGAUCCUGUCCAAUGAACCCGGAUUUUAUCCGGCCGGGGAAUAUGGCAUCCGACUGGAGAACCUGGAGAUCGUGACGGAAGCUCGGGACAUUGCGGGUGGGGAAAGGCCGAUGCUCGGCUUCGAGACCAUUACGCUGGUUCCCAUGGAUCUGCGUCUCGUCGACGUGUCCUUGCUGACAGCUUUCGAACGCGAUUGGUUGAACCGCUAUCACACACGCGUCCGCGCCGAGGUCGGACCUCUGGUCGGGGCAAAGGAACGUAUCUGGCUGGAAAAGGCGACGGAGGCGAUCUAG